AACAAACAACGCAUUCUAUAAAACAAAUCAUUACCAUUUACUGGGACGCGGAACGAUCCUGCAAGAAUAGAUGGCCAAGUGGUGUCCGAGAUUAGGCGGAACCCCCCGAGGGGUCUCGUUGUCCCACACGAUCGCAUCUACCAUCGUCAGACUGUGCUAACUUGCGCUUAUGAUAGCCAGAGUGGAAAUUAGUGUUUGUCAACCAGGUUUCAGGAUCUCACUCUCUCUCUCUCUCUCUCUCGUCGCCGUGCUUCCCGGCCCAUUCGCCGCAAUGCCGACUCGUCUAAGGUCUACCUAUCACACCAUGGGUAUCGGGUCUCAUCUUUCUAUUAGUCGAAUGUCGACAAUGAUGACUGACACACUGGGCUAUAGCAGAUUUGCCAGGUUGUCAUUAAAACUAUGUUUUCUAUGCGUUUUUUGCUUUACGGGAACGUUGUUGGUGAUUAUGAAUGUUUUGCAAAAAGAAAUUUGGCACAAUGUCCGUCCAGAUGCCGGACAAAUACAGUCCAACCGAGUAGUAGAUGGCUCCCAGGUGCUAAAUGCAAAUGUUGUGGCGAACGGGGCGGAAAGUUUUCUGGAAUCUACCGACCUUUCGAAAAGACCUUGGUACAUGAAAGGUGGAAAGAGACAACCUCAACCGGCUAUGAUAUCUCGACAUAGUGGAAGACGAUUAGCACGUAUUUGGCCCGAUGAAGAUCCCAAUGAUGAUAGGCUUUUAAAUCAGCUGAUGUUUGUACCUCCACACUACCACAAAAUGAAUCCUGAAAUACCCUUAAAGAAAGUUUUUGUUCCCAUAGAGAUGAAUGAGGGCAAAGUUGGUCAAGAUAUUUUUAUAAAGGAGGGUUGCCCCGUUAGGUCAUGUACAAUAAUUCGUGAUAAUCCUGCUGAUGCUGACUUACGUUUAUUCCCAGCCUACGUGGAUCCAGAGGAACAAAGACCUGCCAAUCAGGUAUGGUUGAUCUACAUUUUGGAAUCUCCCUAUCAUUCGUCGAGUCUCGAAAAUGUGGUAGUGAAUUGGACUGCAACAUAUCGUCGAGAUAGUGACAUAGUAGCGCCAUACAACAGGUGGCUCAAUUUCGAUCCUAGAGUUACUCAGAUCCAACAGACUAUUAAUUAUGCUGCGAAUAAGACGAGAAAGGUUGCCUGGUUCGUUUCUAAUUGCUAUCCUCAGAACCAGAGGAUGCAGUAUGCCGAAGAAUUAUCAAAGUAUAUCCAAGUCGAUAUUUAUGGUAUAUGUGGCAACUUAAGUUGUCCACGAUCUGAAGCUCAAGCUUGCUUCGACAUGCUGGAUGCUGAUUACAAAUUCUACCUCGCGUUUGAAAAUUCAAAUUGUCGGGACUACAUAACAGAGAAGUUCUUUCAUAAUGGACUUGGACACAACGUUCUUCCGAUAGCUAUGGGGGCACAUCCAACAGACUAUGUUAAAAUAGCACCAUAUAGAUCCUACAUUCAUGUGGAAGAGUUUCAGUCGCCCAAAGAGCUCGCCGAGUACCUCCAUCAACUGGACGAGGACGACGAGCUUUACAACUCCUACUUUAAGUGGAAAGGCACUGGGGAAUUUGUAAAUACCUACUUUUGGUGUCGAUUAUGCGCAAUGCUGCACGAUGAUAGUCCACCUAGGUAUUAUAAGAAUUUGCACGAAUGGUGGGAUGGCGAUGGUGUGUGUAUUCGUGAUUCAUGGCGUGAAUACGACGCUACAGCAAGCGAUCUCAAAAACGGUUAAACCACAUUUAACAGUCAAUAGAAUUUACAAUUACAAAGAAAAAAAAAUUAACAAGGGUCGUGAAUUAAAGAAAAGAUCAAAGCUACUACAGCAGACCCUAACAAAGCGCUUCUAUAGCAAGCAGCUUUAUCGCCAAGUGCCUCCAUUACUUUCAAAUUCUGUGAGCGCCUUUAUCGUGACAUUAGAUGCGCGUACGCGAGAAGAUAUUUCAAAAUGCGGCCAGUGCAUCUCAGAGAUCUUUCUCGCCAAACCCAAGAGGCAUGACUUAACCAAGCGAUCGCUUGGUAAAGACCUCGGUCGUAAGCUCCGGCGGUUUUGUGAUAGUCUACUGAACCGUAAAAUGGGGCUAAGCGGAACGUAGAGGGAAAACAGACUCAUCUGAAAGUUUUUUUUAUAAUUAAUUAGCGUUUUCUUUAAAUAAUUAAUCUUAUUGUUAGCGAUUCUUUACUAUUUCACAAAUUGUUAUUCUUUAUUUGAAAUCUUGUUUCAGUGAAUUUUUGUUGGUUAGAAAAGAACACAUUUUCUGGCAAUAAAUCUUAGUAACUCA